UCGAAGAUGCAGUUGAAGCAAUACGCAACCACAAGGAUUUAAGAUGUCUGGUUUUGGAAGCUAACACCUUGGGUGUGGAAGCAGCGAAAGUGAUGGGAGAUGCCUUGGCUGUGCAUCCUGAGUUUGAAAGAGCUCAUUGGAAGGAUCUUUUCACUGGUAGACUGAAAACAGAGAUUCCAGAAGCUCUCCGUCACUUAUUUUCUGGCUUGAUGCGUGCUGGAGCCAAACUAAAAGAACUGGAUCUGAGUGACAAUGCUCUAGGUCCAGUUGGUGUAGAGGGAAUGGUUGACUUUAUGUCCUCACCUGUGUGUUACUCCUUAGAGGAACUGCGGCUAAACAAUAAUGGUUUGGGUAUUAAAGGAGGGACCAUGUUGGCAGGAUCAUUAAUGAAGCUUGCUGAGAAUGCAAAAGGAGCAGGAACACCCCUUCAAUUAAAGGUUUUCAUUGCUGGGCGUAAUCGUUUAGAAAAGGAAGGAGCCAAGGUUUAUGCAGGAUUCUUUAAAGCAAUUGGCUCCUUGGAGGAAUUGGCUAUGCCUCAGAAUGGCAUAUUUCAUGAGGGUAUUGCAGCCUUGGCAGAAGCUCUUAGCCAAAACCCUAAUUUACGUAUCAUUAAUCUUAAUGACAAUACUUUCACUCCAAAAGGAUCAAAGGCAAUGGCUGAUCAUUUGCCUUCAAUGCAGAAUUUGGAAAUUAUUAAUUUUGGAGAUUGCCUCUUAAAAACCGCUGGUGCUACUUACAUAGCAAAUGCUAUUUCUUCAGGUCACACUAAACUCAGGGAACUGCAUUUGGAUAGUAAUGAAAUAACGAUUGAGGGAGGCCUAGAAAUUGUCAAAGCUAUAGCAAACAAAGAACAUCUUGAAACACUUAUGCUUGACUGCAACCAGUUUGGAGAAAAAGGUCAAGAGAGUUUGAUGAAGGCCUUAAAGGACAUUGGCCGUCUAGAAGCUUUAGACACUCUUGAAAACAAUGAAGAGCCUGAUAGUGAAGAUGAUGAUGACGAUGAUGAUGACGAUGAUGAUGAUGAAGAUGAAGAUGAGGAUGAGGAGGAUCAAGAUGAUGAUGUGCAGGAAGUAGUUGAGUCUGGAGUGAGUCCUUUGUUGAGAAAUCAAGAUAACGUGCAACCUGUGAAGUGUACAGCAUCUGAGUUCUGUGAGCAGCCAACUGCAAGUCGACUGUUGGGCUUGGGAAAUGCUGGCCCAUCACUUCUAGUGGAAGAAGCUCGCCGGUUGGCAGGUGAUUCAGAUGAAGCUUUCAUAAACUUCAUGCUUGAGUAUUUUCAUGAAGACUUCAUCUUUUGCAGCAGUUAACAAUCCAAAAGUUGAGGAAGUUGUUUUUGCUGCCACAGAGAAAUUAGCCAGUGCUGCUUUCCUUGCUGCUCAGAAAGGAGGAA